AUGGGUCGCCCGCGGUCUGUGCUGCGCCGCUCCUGGCUGCCGGCCCCUCUGCCGGCGCUGCUGGGUCCCCGCCUGGCCCCCGGGCAGCCCGUGCGCUGCGCCCCGUGCAGCCCGGACAGGAUCGCGCUCUGCCCGCCCGUCGCGUCCGACUGCCCAGAGGCGGCCCGGCAACCCGGCUGCGGUUGCUGCCAGACCUGCGCCCUCGGGCCGGGACAGCCCUGCGGGGUCUACACGGCCCGCUGCCGGCUGGGGCUCCGCUGCCACGUCCCCGCCGGGAGCCCCGGCCCCUCUCCGCCCUCAUCCGGGCACGGGACGUGCCUGCCCGCCAGCGAGGUCGGAGCGAUGCGCACGCAGAGCCAGCAGGUACCGCACCCUGUCGAACCUGAUGAUAUGCCUUUGGAAAGCACUGAAAUAACACAGGAUCAGCUGCUGAACUAUCAGUUAAUGUUUCCCAUGGGCCAGGAUAAGUCCAUUCCCUGGAAUGCCAUCACUGCAUAUGAGAACAUGAAAGCAAAGAGAAUAUCUGAACUCAAGACAUGGAAAGAGCAGGGUCCUUGCCAGAAGGAGCUCUACAGAGCCCUGUAUAGAUUGGCGAAGGCUCAGCAGAGAAGUGGAGGGGAGAUUUACAAAUUCUAUUUGCCCAACUGCAACAAGAAUGGAUUUUACCACAGCAAACAGUGUGAAACUUUACUGGAUGGAGAGUCUGCUGAAUGCUGGUGUGUCUAUCCAAAAAGUGGCAAAAGAAUUCCUGAAUCUCCAGAAAUUAAAGGAGACCCAGAAUGCCAACAGUAUCUCAACUCACAAGAAUAAAACCAAGUUUUCUGGGGGCCUGUUCUAGUCAGGAGGUGUUUCAGUCAGGAGCCAUUUCACUAAUGUAGUUCUGUGCACCUGAUUUUCAAUGUAUGAGUAAUGCCAUAAAGUAACAUUUUUACUGCACUGAGAUUGCCUAGAUGCUCAAGUGACAAAUAUGAGCAACUGCAAGAUCAAAUUCUAUAAUCUUGUAUAUUUUGUUCUUAUAAUAUUAUAGAUAUCCUCAUAUGUAAAGCUGUUGAAUUAUUUAUUUCACAGUACAUGUAUUUUUGUCUCUAUGUGUUGUUACUAAUUUAUAUUCUCAAACAUGAUAUGUAACAUUCUUCAUAACUCGAUAUGUAAAUACUUAAUAUUAUUGCUCUUAAAUGUAUACAAUGUAUGUUGGAGGAAUGUUGCUACUUAACACUUCAAAUGGUAUACUAUUGGGAAAAUUGCUUGUAAACUUGCAUUUUUUGUACUACGUAUUUAUAGUGUCAAACUGAAUUUUAAAAAAUAAACUUCAGUAGAGAGCAUGCUUAGAAACUUACUUAAAACCUGUUUUGCAUAUAUAUCAUGUUACUUUUGCACCUCUGUUUCAAUGUCAAGCUGUUUCUUAAAAAAGAAAGUCUUAACCUUAAUUACAUACUGAAGCUCCUGAUGGGACGGUAUUUGUAUCUAUUCUUCAAAUAUAUGCACUGGAUAAAUGGCAAAACACAAGAGGAUAUUCUGCACCACCUUUGACAGGUGUAAGUCAUUCACAUGUUGACAAUGUCAUGUUAUUUAAGAUGAACUAUUAAAUAACGUCUUCUACUUUG